GGAGUGUCCGCACCGACCUCCCUCGCUGUCCACAUCUUCCAUUCCCCCUUCUCGACACUCCUUUCUCUUUCUUGUUCAUAUGGGGAGCUGUUAGGUAAAUUGUUUCUUCGAUCCUGAUGGCGCCGAAAUUUAAAGACGGAGAUGUCGUCGCAACGAUCUCUGGAAAAUGGAUAUCAUGGGCUCAUACUGGCGCAGCAUAUGCUGCCUUCCUCGGGGCUCUAAUUGUGGGAAUAGGCCUCCACUACAAAAAGAUUGUACAGAACGAAUUCUAUGGCUAUCCAGAUGAAUGGUUCCCCUCCGUCUCGGCAACGAUUGGAGACAGAUACCCCGAGCGAUCCGUCUUCAUGGUCUUCAUUGCCAUAACAUCUGGACCGCGCUUCGCAUUGGUCGGCCUGUGGUACAUCUUAACGCGGAAGUCCAAUUCGACCUUACCCAAAUUCGUUGCUGGCGUGGGCAUAUUCAGGACUUUGACAUGUGGCGGGUGGACAUACGUGACAUCCACGGAUGAUCACCACUGGCAUGAUAUCUUCAUGAUAUCUUACCUGGUCGCGACGGUUCCCUGGACUUUAGGGUGCCUGGCACUGAGCCCGCGGAAUCCCACAGCAGUGAAGUACCGCAAGAUAUUUGCCGGAGGUUUCUUUGCUACGCUGGUGCCUCUAACCUAUUUCUUUCUCCAACAUAAGGUCCACCGAGUGGCGGGAGCCUACACGACAUACGCCUUGUUUGAGUGGUUAACGGUUCUUCUUGAUGUCGGCUUUGAUACGGUUACUGUACUAGAUUUUGCCAGCCUUGAGAUUGUGAUCAAAGACGUACGAGGACUAAGUCGCGGUAAUACCCAAACCGUAGCCGAAUCUGUUUUAGAGAAACAGAAAGACAAGGAAGUUGGCAACGUCUUCUCUGGGGCAUUCUCGUGGUCAGCGGCCAUCGAUGCUGCUGCAGACGUCUACAACGGGUUUGUCUUCUGGUCGAUGCUCACUUCUCUCGCCCUUUUGAUCUGGUACUUCCCACUGUGGUACAUGGGUCUCUGUGGUUACGAGAUCGCGAUCUUGGUCACUAUCUCGCCAUUCUUGCUCGGAAUCAAGCCUCUACGCUUUCUUACCGUACGACGAGUCCGCCUUUGCCAUCUCCUUUCCCUUGUUGGCCUCCUUUCCUUUCUCACAAAGACUCCUGAGAGCCGCCUCUUUACCACUGCAUUCGGUGUUGGGAUGUCAGCCUUGUCGUGGUCGGCCACAUUCUAUGGCGAGCGGUCUCAGCCCCAGCGCCUCGAGGCCCGCAUUUCAGCUUUCAUUCUUGGCUUGCUGGCUUCCAGUAUCGCUAAAUUCGCCUUCUGGACAAACAAUCCCAUUUGGCCCAUUAUGCACGGCCCUAACGGAGGCUGGAACAAAGUUGGGCUUGCUCUUGCUGUACUUGCCGUCCUACGAUCCACCCGUGGCACUGCAAGCUCAGGGGCCGACAUGCCUGCACCUGGCUCAUCCAAAGGGUCUCGGACUCUCGCUGCUCUUGGCCUAGCUGGCUUGUUUUUCGCCCUGCACACUCUGCUCUCGGACUCAAGCACUAUGAUAUCAUGGGUAUGGGAAGGGUAUCCCGUGCGUGGUCCUCUCGCUGUUCCACAUGGCGCCUACACUCUCCUAGCCAUGGGAUUGGGUCUCGUCAUUGGUCUGUUCUAUCCUACCUUCACUCGAAGCUGGACAUUCUUUGGUGCAGGUUCCAUCGGUGCUGCAGUCUUGACAAUCUAUAGCCACUGGACCGGAUACUACGGUGCUCUAGUCCUCACCGUCUAUAUCAUGGCGCUGUCUCCUGUCUUGAUCUCGUCCGCUGCAAGAUUCCCGCCUGGAUCAACAUUUGGACUCGCCUUUCUGGUCUAUAACCUCGCCCUUCUUGCCCAUGUGUGGACUGUUGCGUAUGCCUUCGUACCUGGUGGUCCACUGUUGCGCGAACGCACCGAUAUUGUUAUGACCGUCAUGAUGCUUUUGAUCGGGUGUGGCGUCUUCGGAGCCAGCUCUCAGAAAGUCUCUCCAUCCAGUGCAAAGUACCGUGCCAAGCUUGGCAGUAUCAGUCCUGCAGCACGGAAACAGCGAUCAUACUAUCUAUAUAUCCUCCUUGGACUCGAGCUUCUAGCAACGUCAGUAGCGUACUUGCGAUUCCCCAGCUAUGACUACACACCUUAUCAUGCUGAAGAUAAAGUCAUCACAGCUGGCAUUUGGACCAUUCAUUUCUCCGUCGAUAAUGACAUGUGGAGCUCCGAGCACCGCAUGCGCGAUGUAAUAAAGGAGCUUGAACUGGAUGUUUUCGGCCUUCUGGAAAGCGACACUCAACGCAUUCUCAUGGGCAACCGCGAUGUUACACAAUUCCUAGCGGAAGAUCUCGGAAUGUAUGUGGAUUACGGACCAGGCCCUAACAAGCACACAUGGGGAGCGGCACUGCUGUCCAAAUUCCCUAUCGUGAACAGCACACAUCAUCUUUUGCCUUCCCCGGUCGGCGAGCUUGCACCCGCUAUCCAUGCAACACUAGAUUGUUAUGGCAGUUUGAUCGAUGUCUUCGUAUUCCACUCCGGGCAAGAAGAGGACCCGGAAGACCGCAGAUUGCAAUCUGAGUACCUAGCCAAGCUUAUGCGCGAGAGCCCUAGGCCGAGUAUUCUGCUCAGUUAUCUGGUAACUAAACCCAAAGAAGGGAAUUACAACACCUACGUUGGUGAGAAGAGUGGGAUGCGCGACAUCGACUCUUCCGACUGGGACCGCUGGUGCGAAUACAUCUUGUACAAGGGCAUAAGGCGUAUCGGGUACGCAAGGGUCAGCAGGAGCACGAUUACUGAUACUGAGAUUCAGGCCGGCAAAUUCCUCGUUGGCGCCCCCGAAGGAACUGAUGACCAAAUCUCUGAGGACCAAGUGCCUAUUGGCCAAAGAUGGCCGGCGCUUUUCAGAGGACAGGGUGUCAGGGACCAUCGGUAUCAUGUGUUUGAGGAGCCAAGAUACUACGCGUAGGAGAGGUUUUGGAGGAGCAUGGAGGAAGUAAUGGAGAAGGGGCGCUGUGCGCCUUGAUGUAAUGCUCCAUGUAUAAAUAUGCAUCAGUUCCAAAUUGACCAGCAUUCCGGGUCUGCCGCGUUACAUAGAAAUAAUGACAUCG